AUGUCUCAUGAUAUGUGUGAGAUGCCAACACUGUAUCUGUGCCUUGCAGGCACCGUGCGACUAUGGUCCCCUACACCGACCGCCGCCCCUGGCGCCGGCGAAGAACCCGGAUUAGAGAUAUACCGCAUCGUAAAUUUCGAAGUAACAGCUUGGGACAAGAGGAAAUAUGGGGAGUUCUUUUCCGGUGACGCGUACAUCAUUCUCAAGACGGGUAAGACCCGCAGCGGCAGCUAUUCGUGGGACCUGCACUUCUGGCUCGGCAAGGACUCGUCACAGGACGAACAGGGCACGGCGGCGAUCAAGUCCGUCGAACUAGACGACGCGCUCGGAGGUCAGGCCACCCAGUGGCGCGAGGUUCAAAAUCACGAAUCCUCGCAAUUCAUCUCUUACUUCAAGAAGGGAAUCAUCUACCUGGAGGGUGGUGCCGAGUCAGGGUUCACGAAGGUCGACAGGGAUGCCUACACCAAGAGGUUGCUCAAGGUCAAAGGUCACCGCAACGUCAGAUGUCACGAGGUGGAGAGGAAGUGCUCCUCUCUCAACAUGGGAGAUGUCUUCAUCCUCGACUGCCUCGCAAAACAUCUUCGUCUGGAUUCCUCCGCAGUCCAAGCAAACCGGAGAAGCUCAAGGGCAUGGAGAUGGCGAGGCGCAUCCGGGACGAUCUGCAGCAAGGUGAAGCUCACGUCCACGUCGUCGAAGACGACUUCGACACCAACAACAGGUUCUUCGCCGAGCUUGGUGAGAAGGACCUGGAUGCGAUCCAGUCUGCGGAUGCUGGCGGCGACGACCGCCAGUAUGAGGUCACCACCGCCGAGAUGGUCAAGCUCUACGAAGUGUCGGAAACGCGCUCCGGCCAGGUGGAGGUGAACAUCGUAGAAGACAGGCCACUAGUGAAGGACCUAUUGCGAUCAAAAGACAGCUACAUACUGGACGUUUGGUUGGCCCCUUCAGGACAUGUCAGUUGCGGUGGCUAGCCAUGCCGCGUACCUCGAACCGCAAGCAC